GGCAGAGGUGGAGUGUUUUGAGCGGCUUCUGAGAAAUUCUUGGUAGUCAGUAGUGCUCAACACUCCCCCAGAUAAUAGCGGGAUGAGGUUUUACAGGUCCCCAGGAGGGAGGUGGAGAUGUUAAAAGAGUGUCUCCAGGAGACUCAUUCUGGUAAUCAGGGAUGGUAAAGAGGCUGUGUUUCAAAGUCCAUUGGAAAUCCUGUCUGUCGCUGAGGCUUUACAGCCUGGGGUUUGUCCUGCUGUGCACGGUAGCCUCUGCAGGGGGCGGGGUGUGUGUGUGUUAACCCAGGCACGGUGCCUCCCUGGGGGAUACAAUGCCAAAUUAACCUGCCACUUGAAGUGUGGAGAGAAAGCAUCCUUGUGUGGAAAUUCCUGGUAAUCAGCUGGCUAGUCCAAAUAAUUUUGAAAUAGUCCUUCAUAAGAGUUCCAUUCCAAGGCAAGAUGACUCCAUCCACCAGAAGGGAAGCCCUGGUGACCAUAGAUACUGUUGCCAUAGUUAAGUUGGUGAUGUAUAUUGGCCAGGUGGCCAAGGACAUCCUGAAGUGGCCCCGGCCCUCCUCUCCUCCCGUUGUGAGACUUGAAAAGAAAAUAAUUGCAGAGUAUGGAAUGCCAUCCACCCAUGCCAUGGCGGCCACCGCCAUUUCCUUCACCCUCUUCAUCUCUACCAUGGACCGGUACCAGUACCCUUUCAUUUUAGGCCUGACAAUGGCUGUGGCGUUCUCUACGCUGGUGUGUCUCAGCAGACUCUACACGGGGAUGCACACGGUCCUGGAUGUCCUGGGUGGCGUUCUGAUCACUGCAAUCCUCAUUGCUCUAACCUACCCUGCCUGGACCCUCAUCGACUGCCUGGACUCUGCCAGCCCCCUCUUCCCUGUGUGUGUCAUAGUUGUACCUUUCCUCUUGUGCUACAAUUACCCCGUGUCUGACUACUACAGCCCGACCAGGGCGGACACCACCACCAUUGUGGCUGCCGGGGCUGGAGUGACCCUGGGAUUCUGGAUCAACCACUUCUUCCAGCUCGUGUCCAAGCCCACCCCGUCUCUUCCUGUGAUUCAGAGCAUCCCACCCCUCACCACUGACAUGCUGGUUUUAGGUCUGGCCAAAUUUAUGGUGGGAAUCAUGUUGAUCCUCUUGGUUCGCCAGCUGGUGCAAAAGCUCUCCCUGCAAGUGUUGUUCUCAUGGUUCAAGGUGGUUACAAGGAACAAGGAGGCCAGGCGAAGGCUAGAGAUUGAAGUCCCUUACAAGUUUGUCACCUACACAUCUGUUGGCAUCUGUGCCACAACCUUUGUGCCAAUGUUGCACAGGUUUCUGGGACUGCUCUGAGUACAAGACAGUUGGGAACCAGUGUGCUUACUCAAGAUGCGAAAUAUUAAUUCAGGUAAUCUCAAUGCCUCCCAUUUAAGGAAACCCUAAGUCAUUGUAUUGUUUUGUUUUGUUGAUGUAACAUAGAUACUACUGCUGUGGCA